AGUACUCGCAUUUAAAUAUAACGAUAUUAAAACAGUUUAGAAGUCACAGUCAUUUUAAAAACAACCACUACCCUUAUUUACAACCCUGAACGAAAUCACAAACACAUGUUUAUUUAUAAACAAAAAAACAGCUGUUUAGAAAACAAAAACAAAACAGCUGAAGAGCAUCAAAGAAAUGCGGCAAAAGUUGAUCAUCAUUCGUCAAAAAACAUCUAAAUUUUAAAAAUAAACAAAAAAUAUUAAAAAUAAAGAUAUAAAACUAUGUUCCAACCCUCUAAACAACAAGUUUUACGUUUGUACAAACAUUUAAUACGUUACGGCAAUCAAUUGCAAUUGACGGAUAAAUCCUACUUUUUGGGCAGAGUACGCAGAGAAUUUAGGGAAAAUAGUCAAGAAACAGAAUUACAUAAAAUUGAAUUUAACUUUAAGAGAGGAGAAACUUUAUUACGUAAAGGCCGUAUUUUGUAGAGGAGAACAAUAACUAAACAUGAUUUCCCUGCUUUCUAGUUUAGCAAAACAAAAUCUUAGUUUGAUGGUCAAAAA